GGGGAACUUUACCUGGUAGUGGGCCAGGCCGCCAGCCCCGCCAGCCCCGCCAGCCCCGCCAGCCCCGCCAGCCCCGCCAGCCCCGCGAUGACUUGGGCCGCGCUGCUCGGCCUCCUGGCCGCUCUGUUGCUGCUGCUGCUACUGAGCCGCCGCCGCACGCGGCGACCCGGUGAGCCUCCGCUGGACCUGGGGAGCAUCCCCUGGUUGGGCUAUGCCUUGGACUUUGGAAAAGAUGCCGCCAGCUUCCUGACGAGGAUGAAGGAGAAGCACGGUGACAUAUUUACUAUACUGGUUGGGGGCAGGUAUGUCACCGUCCUCCUGGACCCACACUCCUAUGACGCGGUGGUGUGGGAGUCUCGCACCAGGCUCGACUUCCAUGCCUAUGCCGUCUUCCUCAUGGAGAGGAUUUUUGAUGUGCAGCUUCCACAUUACAGCCCCAGUGAUGAAAAGGCCAGGAUGAAACCGACUCUCCUCCACAGAGAACUCCAGGCGCUCACAGAAGCCAUGUAUACGAACCUGCACACGGUGCUGUUGGGCGACGCUACAGAAGCGGGCAGUGGCUGGCAUGAGAUGGGUCUCCUUGACUUCUCCUACAGCUCCCUGCUCAGAGCCGGCUACCUGACUCUUUACGGAAUCGAGGCGCUGCCACGCACCCAUCAAAGCCAGGCCCAGGACCGCGUCCAUUCAGCUGAUGUCUUCCACACCUUCCGCCAGCUUGACCGGCUGCUCCCCAAACUGGCCCGCGGCUCCCUGUCAGUAGGGGACAAGGACCACAUGUGCAGUGUCAAAAGUCGCCUGUGGAAGCUGCUGUCCCCAGCCAGGCUGGCCACACGGGCCCACAGGAGCAAAUGGCUGGAGAGUUACCUGCUGCACUUGGAGGAGAUGGGUGUGUCAGAGGAGAUGCAGGCACGGGCCCUGGUGCUGCAGCUGUGGGCCACACAGGGGAAUAUGGGUCCCGCUGCUUUCUGGCUCCUGCUCUUCCUUCUCAAGAAUCCUGAAGCCCUGGCUGCUGUCCGCGGAGAGCUCGAGAGUAUCCUUUGGGAAGCAGAGCAGCCUGUCUCGCAGAUGACCACCCUCCCACAGAAGGUUCUAGACGGCACGCCUGUGCUUGACAGCGUGCUGAGUGAGAGCCUCAGGCUUACAGCUGCCCCCUUCAUCACCCGCGAGGUUGUGGUGGACCUGGCCAUGCCCAUGGCAGAUGGGCGAGAAUUCAACCUGCGACGUGGUGACCGCCUUCUCCUCUUCCCCUUCCUGAGCCCCCAGAGAGACCCAGAAAUCUACACAGACCCAGAGGUAUUUAAAUACAACCGAUUCCUGAACCCUGACGGAUCAGAGAAGAAAGACUUUUACAAGGAUGGGAAACGGCUGAAGAAUUACAACAUGCCCUGGGGAGCAGGGCACAAUCACUGCCUGGGGAAGAGUUACGCAGUCAACAGCAUCAAACAAUUUGUGUUCCUCGUGCUGGUGCACUUGGACCUGGAGCUGAUCAACGCAGAUGUGGAGAUCCCUGAGUUUGACCUCAGCAGGUAUGGCUUCGGUCUGAUGCAGCCAGAACAUGACGUGGCCAUCCGCUACCGCAUCCGCCCGUGACAGGGAGCAGAUGGAUCCACGUGCUCGCCUCUGCUCAGCCUGCCCCAGCCUCCCAGCUUUCUGUGUGCACAGUUGGCUUGGGUGCAGGUGCUAGCAUUACCACUUCCCUGCUUUUCUCCCAGAAGACUGGGUCCAGAGGCGGG